ACGACCCACGUGAAUACGCACUACAGCGCGUUGAAGGCACGCAACAACUUAGAAACAAGAUGGCGUCCCUAAUAACAUCAGUUUUCUUUUUACUUUCAUUGUCAUAUUUGACCAAAGGAGCUCUUACCCAAUUCAAUUCGGAACAUAUUUUGCUCAACGUUACAACAGCUGGUGAGCACAAUGAAAGUACCCAAAAUCUACAAAUUAGUCUGAAUUUUACUUUCGUAGCCAACCAGAGUUACAUUAACGAUAUUCCUGUUGCAUCGGAUGUAACCAGACUACCCUGUCAAGCUUUACUUUUGGACAGCAACUACAGCCGCCCCACGAAUGUCUCGGGUCUUUACACGUCCUGUGUGAUGCGGGUCCUUGUGGACCAGUUGCAUCUGAGGAGUGACGGUGGGGAAGAUGUGUUGGUUUUGGUGCUGAAUGAGGAAGUCAUCGAAUUAGAGGGGAAAGGGGUUCAACAGCAAGACGUGUGCGAAGUGAAACUGAUGGUGAAUGAAAACGUGGAGUCCCUAACUCAGUUCAUCAACAUAUACCCAAUGUCCAAGAACAAACUCUUCUGGAUAUCGAGAGAGAAUGAUAUUGUCAUGACUAAUCCUUCCAUUAAUAAGAAAGUGGAGGACCAGGUUGUGCUGCACACCACUAGCCACUAUCCGUUCAAGCACGCUGAGACCACCCAGGAGGAGACCGCCGCCCCGGGCAAGCUCCCCGAGACCCCUCUGCGCAUGGACCCUGACCUGCUCUAUGACAGCGAGGAGAAGGAGGCUAUAUCUGAUUACCUGCUGCCAGAGUCAUCCCUCCGGGCGUCCAUGUCCUCGUAUAACGCCAUGUGUGAGUGGGUGGAGCAGCUGCGAGAGCGUCUGCGGCGCUUCUGGGCCGAGUCCCUGCCCGUCUUCUUCCUGGUCAUGUGGGUGGUCGUGGUGGGCGUGGUGGGCUCGGCCGUCAUCGUGCGCGUGCUGGACCUGAUCUUCCCCACCUGCGAGCACCCGGGGGUGUUCCAUCUGAAUCCUGCCACACUGAUGCCCGAGGAUGAGAAAUGCACCCUGCUAGAGAACAUCGAAGUGGAACUGGAGGAGGAGGGGGGGGAGGGCGAGGGGGUGGGGGCAGGGGCGGAGCCGGGGGCCCAGGAGAAGCAGCAGGCGUAG